UUGGCAACGGAACAUAGCGUCUUCUCUGGUGAAUAUUGGCUGAUUCCGAGCUCUGUAAAUUGGGUCAGCCACAGAUCAAUCAAUCGAAUAAUCAUAUUCAUACAUCAUACCUAUUUCCCUUUUUCAUAAUUCAUUAAUAAUACCAAGUUCAUUGGUUCAUUUAUUCACACCUCACACAUCUUCAGUUCAACCCCUCUCUCUCUCUCUCUCCCCUACGUACCCAUAUUAAAGGAAGAAGCAAAGUCAAUUCUUUCAGCAUUGACGCUUCAGCCCUCUUAAUUUUACUUCUCAACUGAUCCUUGAGCCAUAGUUGGCAACCCACCAUGACACAAGAUACUACCGCCCUAGGUUAUUGGUUGAAUGGGAGGUUCUUCCUCUGUGCAUUGUUUAUUAUAUUCAGUGUGGGUUUAGCAUCUUUUUUGAUAUGGAAGUACGAAGAAUUCAAUGAAUCAAGAAAUGAGAGGAGAGAGAGGCGGAGAGAAACACCUGGGUCGCUAUACGAGGAUGAUGCAUGGAAGGCAUGUCUUAAAGGAAUUCAUCCUGCAUGGCUGCUUGCUUACAGAAUAUUUUCUUUUGUUGUGCUUUUGGCUUUGAUCAUUACUAAUGUGGUUACUGAUGGAAUUGGCAUAUUUUACUUCUACACACAGUGGACAUUUACUUUGGUCACUAUUUACUUUGGGUUCGGGUCUUGUUUCUCCAUAUAUGGAUGUUGCUUUAAACACAAUAAAAUUGACGGCAGUUUAGUCAAUCAUGAUUAUUUAGAGACAGAACAAGGCAUUUAUGUGGCUCCUUCACUUGAUGGGAUUGUAGAUGUUCCUGACCUGUAUAAGAAUUCCAAUGCUUAUCAGGAACCUCCUACUCCAAGAACUGCAGGGGUAUGGGGUUAUAUUUUUCAAAUGAUUUUUCAGAUUUCUGCAGGUGCCGUAGUGCUCACUGACCUUGUAUUCUGGCUCCUCAUUUAUCCAUUUAUGACAUCCGAAGAUUUCAGGCUAAAUUUUAUGGAUGUUUGUUUGCACUCCCUUAACGCUUUGCUCCUCCUUGGUGAAACAUCAUUGAAUUGCAUGAGAUUUCCCAUGUUUCGAUUUGCAUAUUUUGUCUUGUGGACAGCUAUAUUUGUCAUUUUUCAGUGGAUCAUCCAUGCUUGUAUUUCAAUGCGGUGGCCUUAUCCUUUCCUUGAUUUGUCAUCCCCAUAUGCACCCUUAUGGUACCUAGCCGUGGGUGUAGUGCACAUUCCAUGCUAUGGUGUCUUUGCUUUGAUAGUGAAGUUGAAGCAGUUGUGGCUAUCUAAAUCGUUUCCUGGUUCCUGUCAGUUUGUAAGAUGAUGACACAUUCCAAAACACAUAUCAUCGGGGUAGGACUACUUUUUUUUUCAUGGCUAAAGCAUUUUUUAACUUCGAAGAUCAGAUUUGAAUCCCCCUUCCCGACGAAGGGUUUAGAGGACUCAAUUUUAUUUUUUUUUGGGGGGGGGGCGUAAUUUACUACUAAAGAUUGAAUUCAUUAAAGUGCUCUGGUCUAUUCUGUAAGGUUAUGCUGUUAUCUUCCAUUCAAAUUAAGUCUUUCACGUAUCCUGCCUCGAU